AUGAUUCCUCUUUCCAUCGCCGCUAUCCUUCUGUCUCUCCCCGCAUUUGUAGUCUCCGAACCCAUUCACAUUGAGAUCUCACGAAGAGCCGGUCGGUGGCCUUCAUCUCCAUCCGACUUUCAGGCCGCAGCAGAUUUUGCUCGCUCUCGGUAUGGCUACGGCAAGCCUUCAAACUCAACUACGAAACGAAUGCAACGGAGAGCGAGUUCCCAAAGCUUACCUUUCGUGAAUCAGCAAGGAGACUCCAGCUACUUCGGGACUGUUAGCAUUGGCACCCCUCCACAAUCCUUUAAUGUCAUCCUCGACACCGGAUCCUCUGACUUGUGGGUCGCAGACUCUUCAUGUCGCAAUUGCAUCAGGGAAACUCCCGUGUUCAAUUCUGGCCAGUCGAGUACGUUCCAACAACAGUCUGCACAACCCGUAGGCAUCAGCUAUGGCUCGGGUCAGGUGCAGGGCUUAUUAGGCGUUGAAAGCGUCAGCAUGGGCACUUUCUCUGUUGCAAAGCAAGGCUUUCUGAAAGUCACUGCCAUUUCGAACGGCCUUCUCUCCGGCUCCGUAUCCGGUAUUAUGGGCCUUGCAUUUGGUGCUAUUGCAUCUACACAAGCUGUCCCUUUCUGGCAGGCACUUGUGUCGAGCAACCAGCUUGCGACGCCAGAGAUGGCAUUCUGGCUCACGCGAUUUCGUGGAUCGCGGCGCUUCGCUGAGGAGGAGCCAGGAGGCUCUUUCACUCUUGGUGGCACCAACUCCUCGCUUUUCCAAGGCGAAAUCGAGUUUUUGAAUCUUAUAACCCCAGGCCAACCCACCUUCUGGCUGUUGGGUGUGUCGCAAGUUACAGUGCAGAACACUUCAGUGCCAAUCACCAAAGGCGCUCUCGCUGCUAUAGACACCGGUACCACACUCAUCGGUGGACCGAGUGCUGACGUCGCUGCCAUCUACAGUACCAUUCCUGGCGCUAUUAGGAGUCCCACUAUGGAAGGCUAUUUCGAGUUCCCUUGUUCCACUGUCAUACAAGUCAGUAUGUCGUUUGGUGGGAAGGUGUGGCCUAUCAAUCCCGCCGACAUGAACCUUGGCUCGGGGAGUAGCAGCAAUAUGUGCAUUGGCGGCAUCUUCGACCUUACGCUAGGCAGUGCCAUCACUCCCAGCUCAGGAAACCCGUCGUGGGUUGUCGGCGAUACAUUCCUUAAAAAUGUGUACUCUGUUUACCGCGUCAACCCCAACCAAAUCGGUUUUGCCCAGCUAUCGGACCUCGCCGGAUCCUCAGGCUCGCCACAAGCGGGCAGUGGCGCGAGCAGGAAUGACGCGCGACAUGCUACCCAAUCGAUGCUUGCGAUAUCAUUUGCUGCUGGGGUCGCCAUUACAUCAUACCUUCUCUGA